AUGGCAGGCAGCAGAGUCUCUGCUCUGACGGUCUGUGGAUCCGUCGGCCGGGACGUCACUCUCCCCUGCAGAUACUCUGUGAGGGAUCACGGGGUGACGACGAUGUGCUGGGGGAGAGGAGAACUACCUCUUUCUGGGUGUAAUAAUAUGAUCAUUUCCACUGAUGGACAGAGAGUGGACUCCAGACUCUCAGAGAGGUACCAGCUGCUGGGACAGCUGACCGGAGGCGAUGUCUCUCUGACCAUCCUCCACGCUCAGGAGAGCGACUCUGGGUUCUACGGCUGCCGUGUGGAAAUACCAGGCUGGUUUAAUGACCACAAACUGACAGUUAACUUGAUCGUUACAAAGGUCACUGGAGUCUCUGCUCUGACGGUCAGAGGAUCCGUCGGCCAGGACGUCACUCUCCCCUGCAGAUACUCUGUGACGGAUCACGGGGUGACGAUGAUGUGCUGGGGGAGAGGAGAACCAACUCUUUCUUGGUGUAAUAAUAUGAUCAUUUCCACUGAUGGACAGAGUGUGAACUCCAGACUCUCAGAGAGGUACCAGCUGCUGGGACAGCUGACCGGAGGAGAUGUCUCUCUGACCAUCCUCCACGCUCAGGAGAGCGACUCUGGGCUCUACGGCUGCCGUGUGGAAAUACCAGGCUGGUUUAAUGACCAGAAACAUACAGUUAACUUGAUCGUUACAAAGGCUCCUGUGACGACCACAGACUCGCUCGUCUCCUCCCCAGAGCCUCAGAAGACAGCAGCCACCACUCAGACCCCCUGUAAAUCGACUGGGAAGGCAGCAGAUUCUACAAUCAGCUCCACAAUGUCUUCAGCUCAGCUCAGCAGCUCAGCGUACAGUAACUCGGCUGGGGGCCCAGUCCUCACUAUAGGGCUGGUGGCAGUUCUAGCUCUGGUGCUGGUGCUCCUGACCCUGCUGUUUCUCCUGCUGCGCAGAAGACAACGGAGAGCCCAGACGACGACUAAGCUGGACCCUCAGGUCAUCCCAGAGCUGCAGACCAGAGCCAGAGUGGAGGAGAACAUCUACAGCAUUGACCCACAGGAUGACUACGAAGUCUGUCCUUGACAACCCCAGAGACAGAGUGCAGGAGAACAUCUACAGCAGUGACACACAGGAUGACUAUGAAGUCUGUCCUUGACAUCCCCAGAGACAGAGUG